UAAGGCCCACGUGGAAAUCCAAAAGACGUGAACAGGUAGAUAGGGCUUGUAAUUGCUUCAAUAACUAUGUCAAAGAUCUCCUCACUAGAUUUUCUCAUCAUUUUUGGUUUUGCUUGCAUCACCAUUUCUUGUAAAGUACGCUGCUAAAAAACCUGGAACAGUGUAUUUCGCUGUUCUUUUCAUAGCAUUACAGUAUUACAGCACAACACGCUUGCCUUAAACCUUUAGUUUUUUAGAUUCUGAAGAGAAAGUAUAAAACUCCCUUGCUUCAUUACCUUUGUUGUUUUAAAAUAGCUAAAAGAGCAAAGGACUUCCUCUGAAAAUUGGUGCCCAGAACCUGCCAUGAACAGGAGUUGUAACAGAGAGAAUCCACAUAUUUUGAUUGUGAUGAUUGCAGAGAAGCAGAUAAUGAAAGGUGGUGGGGAUGGCAAAGGGAGGGAAAUAAUGGGCCCUCAAAAGCCUGCAAGAGAAAUGAGUGACACUGCACCAGAGAUAAAUUUGCUUCCCUUUUUCUCUCUCCAUGUCCUUGUUUUUACUCUUGUGUGGCUCCUCUCUCCCCAGCUUGAGUCUUAUAGGUAUGCUGGACAACAUUGUGUCCACAGGGACUGUCUCUUGUUGGGUGAUCGCUAUUCAGCAAAUGACAAGAAGCAUGCUUGUGCAGAGUUCUUUAGGUCUUUUUUCUCCUUGCUUUCCUCGGAUGCUAUUUUGGUGUUCUAAAUACAGAAGGGUUGGGCUUCAGUUACAUGGUCUUUGCAUCCUUCUCCCAUCUGUGCUUUUACUCGAAUAAUAGUGCACAAGAGCUUUGGAAGCUUAAAUUGAAUAUUACUUGACAUCAGAAAUUAAAAACUUCAAAGAGAUUGCCAGCAAAAACAACAUAGAAUCAGCUACAGAAAGCAUGUUAGUGUUCUGUUGUUCAUGAUCCUUAGUGAGAAGAGUUCCCCAUAAGUGCAGAGAACGCUGUUUUGCAAGUGAAAGUGGCCUAACAUACAAGUGAAGCAUUCAGCUGACUUUCAAGUGUUUUGUGCCUCUUGCCAUGUGAUUUGAUCGAUGCACAAUAUCAUGGAGAAUGGUUUGUUUGGUGUUCCAAUAGAUAUGGCAGGAAGGAAUUCUGUUGCUACAGAUCGAUCAUCACAGAGAACCCCAAACUCACUUGUCCAGUUUGAUUCAUUCAACCUUAACAACCAUAGUCAGACAGUGGUUGGAUUUACCAUGCUUCCGACAUUGCAAGGAGAACCUAUCAAUGAUCUCCAUGCAAGCAUUCACUUGGCCAAUCGAUCUUCAGUUAUGAACUCAGAGGCAUUAGUUACAUCUCUUGGAAGGAAUGUAGUGGGAGAUGCUUUACCUGGCUGUUCACGUUCUAUUAGUAACACUCCGUUUGAUGAGCAAUUUGGGGGUGGAACAACAAUUUCUAGUUCUUCACUUGCUACUCUUUUAGCCACAAGAAGUGGUCUUCAAGAAAAUCCGAACGACUUGGCAAUUUCAGGACCGUCAAGCUACCCUUUAGACGAGUUCAGGUCUUUUGUUUCAAAUGACUGCACCAAUGCUUUGAGCUCUUCAUUUGCGUCGUCUUUGAAUUAUGGAUGUGGUGAAGUAUUUGGUAACAUGAAUAGUAAGGAGGAUUUUGACAGGUUUCCUGCUCCUUUAGAGCUUGGUGGACGAACAUCUGUAAGAGCAGGAUUUCAACCAUAUUCGUCCAUUGGAAGCCUGCAGCUGAAUAGCUGGGUAGAGCCAAAUGGUGUGAAUGUGAGUGCAGGUGACCCUUUUGCAUCUGGUAAACCUACUAACGAGCUCUCUUUGAGUCUUUCCACAUCCCAGCCUUCUGUCAUAGAUAGAAGUAUCCCAGAUCAAUGCUUGGAGAUAAGUUGUAAUCAUUUAACACGCCAUUGUUUGAAAGAAACAAGGUCAUGCUCUGAACAAACUUCUUCUAGUAGUAAGGAGCUUUCUUUGAGUUGCCAUUCUUAUAACGCUGGUCAAUUCUCACAAGUAUUAGUAGGAUCCAGAUAUCUUCAUGUAAUACAGGAAAUACUUGCUAAAAUUGCAAGCUAUUCACUAGAGAAUGUGGACCAGAUAAGCUCUUCUACUGUUUGGUUCAAGACUGGAGCAAGUACACCAUUCUCUUCAAGUUACCCUACUGAAGGAGGUAUGUUGUCGAUGGGUUCUGAUGAAUCUCCUGGUGUGAAUGGUAGAUUUGAAGUUCAAAUGGAUCCAGCACUUCAGAAACGGGCACUAGAAGCAAAGAGAACACAAUUGCUAACCCUACUACAAGUGGUUGAUGAACGAUAUAGCCAAUGCUUGGAUGAAAUACACACAGUUAUAUCAGCGUUCCAUGCUGCAACUGAGUUGGACCCACAGAUUCACACUCGUUUUGCUCUCCAAACAAUCUCUUUCUUGUGCAAACGCCUUAGGGAUAGGAUUAGCAACCAAAUCCUAGCAAUGGGAGCUCAGUUAGAUAGUGGAGACACCAUAGAGAUAGAAGGAUCUUUUGAAAGUUCGUACUUACAGAAGCAAUGGACUCUACAGCAGCUGAAGAAAAAAGAUCAUCCGCUGUGGAGACCCCAGAGAGGAUUGCCAGAACGAUCUGUCUCAGUUCUGCGUGCAUGGAUGUUCCAGAACUUUCUUCACCCGUACCCUAAAGAUGCAGAAAAGCAUUUGCUAGCAGUAAAAAGUGGACUCACAAGAAGCCAGGUAUCCAAUUGGUUUAUAAAUGCUCGUGUUCGUCUAUGGAAACCGCUGAUAGAGGAAAUGUAUGCUGAGAUGAACAGAAGAAAGGCGCACCAAAUCGAGGAGGGAACCUACAGCAAUCACAGAGGCCAGAUUAGCAUCAGCAAUCCAAGAUUUAAUGUGAAUUAGAGAGCGGGAAGUAAAACUAGACAUGGUGGCAUAAAGAACCACUUGUUAAUUACUAUUAUUUAAUAGAUGAAAAAAGAAAGACAUCCACAGCUGGAUAUAAUAGUAUAUAAAUGUUCCACAAAGUUUUGGGGUUCACGAUUUAAUCAUGUAUUAUUAGUAUUAGUCCUCCAUUAGCCUGGAUAAUUAAGUGGAAUUAUUUUGUAUGCGUUGGACAUGCCAUGCCCAACCUUUCUUUUAUUGCAGACCAGAUUAUAUGUAGUAUUCUUUUGACU